UUGAAUUAAGGGACAAAAUGAUCAGAAGAAGCAGAGAAGAAGAAGAUGAUGAUGAAAAUGAAAGUGUUGGAUGUGAGCUUUGGAUAGCGAAAGAUAGAGAAGAGGGAGUGUUCUGGUGCAGAGAGACUCCUUCCAUGUUCAUCCUUUCUGCCCGUCUCCAAGGUUACAAGAGAAAUAGUAUUGAGAUCAUCAAAAUCAAGGACGAAGGUGGAGAUCAGAGCUCCACAAAUGAAGAGAAACCAAUUCAGAAGCUGGUGAUUAUGGGGAAGGUAAUGGGCAAGAAUCAGGAAGAAAUUUUAGGGUUUAGGAAGGUUUACAAAAUCCCUAAUGGAGUGGUUCCAGAUCAGAUCAAGGCCAAGUACAGUGAAGAGGAAUCUGUACUGAAAAUAUGCAUGACCAAAUUUGUGAAACAGAUCUGUGGGGUUCAUGUUGAAGAGGUAAAGGAAGAAGAAUUUGGAGAGUCAAGCCACAAAGUCAUCAAAGAGUUGAAGGUUCAUGAUCUAAGUGAAAACCCUAGGGUACUUGAAAUUGGAAACACAUAUGGAGAAAAUGAUCACAGAGAAGAGGAUGGCAAAGAAGAAGCCCAAGAAGUGAAGAAUUCAGAAGUAGAGCAAAAUAUCAAUGUAGAAGACCGUAUUCCAGAGAACACAGGAUAUGAAAACCAAGAAAUUUCUAAUAUACAUAUUGUGAUUCAAUCAUUAGAGGAAAGUGAUAAUGGAGUACUAGGUACGGAAGUUGAUGAAGAAAUAAUUGGAGGGAGAAAAGAGAAAGAAAUUGAAGACACAAAAGAAGAGAUGGUGGAAGAAGAAGAUACUAGGAAGGAAGACUACAUAAUUGAAGUGAGAAAAGUGAAAGAAAUUGGAGAACCUAAGUAUGAAAUUGAAGAUAGAGAUGUAGAUGUGACCGCUGAAGGAACGGAGGAGGAAUUUGAAGGCAUGGGAAAUUCAAAUCAAAUGGAAGAGAUUGGUAAGGAGGGGUUUGAAGAAGAAGCAAUGGAAACGAAAGUGAAAGAGCUUCCCAAGGAACCAGAAGAACCACUUCAAGAAGUCAAAGAUGAAACUGACAUUGUUGUGGAGAUGACAGAAGGGGAAGAACAGACAGAUAUUGAAGAGCCUAUGUUAUUUAGACAAGUCAAAGAUGAAAGCUGUAAGGAAAGGUCUCAAGCAAAAAAGAAAGUCGAAAUAUUUGAAGAAACAGUAGAUGAAGAAAAAGGUAAAACCUAUGACAACGAACGCGGUGAUGAAAGUGGAAAUCAACAAUCUCAAGGACCAAAGAAGCAAGAUUCUGAUGCUAACCUAUUGAGAAGAUCACAACUAGAGUCCCCAUCAGGUCCACAUAAUGACAAUCAUGAGGUCAUUGGGCAGAGAGAAAGCCAUGGAGAACAUGAAGUUGAAGUGGAGGUUGAUGAUCAUGGAUCAGAUGGACUUAAAGAUAUCCAAGUGGAAGAAAGUGAAAAGGAGAUAGCUAAUGAACAAAGAGAUGGAGUCUACGUGGUAAUCCCGAAGGAAAUAGAUCAUGAACUGCAAGAUAUCCAAGUGGAAGCAAUUAGAGAAGAGGAAAAAGCUCAAGAACAAAGAGAUGAAGUGAACGUGGAAAUCUCCCAUGAAGUAGAAGAGAGAAGAGGAAGCCAAUUCAAAGAAAAUGGAGAGAGAAAAAUGUUGCAUGGUCCUUUGUUCAUUGCAGGAUCAGCCUUUGUUGUGUUUCUUGUAGUUUUGUUCAUUCGUCAUAAAAGAGUUGAAAAAAGAUAGACUUGUAAGGUUUUGAUUUCUCAGUGAUGAUAUUUAAGUAAAUGCAAUAAUUAUGUAUGUUCCAUUUGUUAA